AUGUGCGACUACUCUCUUCCGGCUACUGCUGGCUUUCUAAACCAAUUGCUAUUAUUCUGUAAACCGUUGCUUCGUGUUUCCGGGACUGAUCGUAGCCUUCAACACUCGAAGCGAAGUGUUGAGAAAAGGUCUUCGAGAUAUGAUGAUUCGGAAGAAUCCAGCGAAGAGAACAUAGACGAUGAGGAUGAUGGCAACAACAACAAUUCAUUCGAUCCAGCCAAUACUGCCAUUUCGUUUCUUCCCCGUUUCUUCUGCCAAAAUCAAGCAAUGGGUGUAAAAUUAUGCCGAGAUUCGGGAGAUUCCGGUUUGACAAGGCCAUAUUCCGAUACGGAAAGAGAGCUUUUCGGAAACAAACUUUCCACUUACAGUCGGAUUAUACUCAUCAAAACUUUUGGAUUGAUGGAAAGAGAGUUGAUGGUUCAAGUUCUUACACGUUCUCUGAUUCUUCGUUAA